UAUCUUCUACAAGGUACCAUUUGAAGAAGUUCCAGAGCUUGUUGCUGGACGGAAAGUGUUUAUAAAUCAAGGAUAUGCAUAUGUUGCAAUGAAUCAGAUUGUUUCACUUGUAGCCACACUAUUCCGCAGUCAGCUGUCAAAGACACUCAUCCUUACUAACAGAAAAUGGACAUCUUCAAUUAGAGAACAAGAAAAACAUAGGUUGACUCCUAUUGUGGAAGCCCUAUGCUCAAGUUAUCUGGGUCCUGAUUAUUCUCAGUCAAGAGAAUAUGGUGAUAUGUCAUUAAAGGACAUUGAUCAAGUUGCCAAGAGCUCAUUUCCUUUGUGCAUGCGUCACCUAUUUGAUAAGCUGAGGGAGGAUCAUCAUUUAAAGCAUGGAGGGAGGAUGCAACUAGGCCUCUUUCUCAAGGUUGCUUUUGGCUGCCUUCUGGGCAUAAUUAAAAAUACUCUAGAGUCUAGAUGGUUAAUAAGUUUGAGGUGUUAAAUGAGGCUUUACAUUUCACAUGCGUUGGGGAUGGGAAAAUUAUUGCCUCGAAUUAUCCUGACAGUUGAAGACUUGAAGUUACUUUCUUUAGUUUUAAGUUAAUUAACGAGAUAUAAGUGGAAAUAACCUUAUGUUGAAAAAUUAAAAUUUAUGCUUUUUAUACCUAUAAAUUUAUGAUACCCCGAGUCCGAAUUUAUGUCAGUCCAAAGCCGGUCUAACAUUCUUAAGCCUAAAUAACUUUUGAUGUGAGGCUUUUAUAAAAUUAAUAAAAGUAAUAGACAAAUUAAAGGCCUUUAGAAUAUAUAAAUAAUAUUUUCCUCAAUAAUAUUAGAACUCUAUUUAUCACGAACAACUAAUAGAAUUCCAAUACUAUAUAAUCUUUUUUUGGAGGCCAAUACUUUAAGCUUGGAUUGGCCUUGCGUUAGUCUUCCACACUUUGACUCGGUUCAUUUGGGUAGAAAUGGCACAAUUCUCGGGUUUAUGGUCAUAUGAUUAUGCUGGGUUCGAAUAUCGGUGCUUAUUUGUAGCAUUGUCAAAAUAAUACAUUUUGAUUCACUUUCAUUCUGAUGGAGAAUAUCAAUGAGAAGUCUUCUAAUUCCGUUUACUUAUA